AAGACACUGACCACUAUCUCUUUCUGCUCUUUACUCAUCUCUGUGUUUGUUGGUAUGCCAUCCAACUCAUUUCACUUUAUCAGAUUUUCUAUAAAUACAGAGACCCAGUAAUACCCAUUUUGCCAUAAUAGUUGAGCAUAAGUUUUUGUAAAACUGUGUUGUAAGUCUUGAAGCUAUGGCUUCCAAACAGUCUCAAUUCCUACUUGUGUUGCUCUGCUUGUGUUCUGCUACAGUGAUAGCAAAUGCUGCCAAGACAUUGAAUUUUAGCACAGAUUUUUACACCACAUGGUCACCUGCCAGUGUUAAGACUUUGAAUGAUGGAUUGGAGAACCAUAUAAUUUUGAACAAAACUGCUGGGUCAGGAUUUGCUUACAAUGACAUGUUUCUGUUUGGUAAGAUUGAAAUGGAAAUCAAGCUCAUUCCUGGUAACUCAGCUGGAACAGUGGUUGCCUUCUAUUUGGCCUCAGACCAGCCCAACCGUGAUGAACUGGACUUUGAGUUUCUGGGGAAUGUUUCAGGACAACCAAUUACUGUGCAGACAAAUAUAUUUGCAGAUGGAUUUGACAGAAGAAGGGAGCGUAUUAACCUCUGGUUUGAUCCUGCCCAAGACUAUCACAAAUACUCUAUUUUCUGGAACAUCUAUUACAUCAUAUUCUAUGUAGAUGAUAUACCAAUCAGAGUACACAAGAAUUAUGCAGACAAGGGUAUUGCAUUCCCUAGAAGGCAACCCAUGGGAGUAUUUGCAACCAUAUGGGAUGGAGAAAAUUGGGCUACUCAAGAUGGAAAAAUAAAAAUAGACUGGAAUGAAGGUCCUUUUGUUGCUUCAUUUAGAAACUUUAAUGUGGAAGUGUGUCCAUGGAAAGGAAAUCGGAGGUUUUGCAGGUCUAGGAGUGCCCAAAAUUGGUGGAAUAAACGCACUCAUAGUACUUUGAAUGAUGAAUUGAAGGGAAAGCUUGAAUGGGCAAGGAGUAACUAUCUGAUCUAUGAUUACUGCACUGACACCAAGAUAAUCAACACUACUACUCCUGAUGUUACUCUCACAAUGGAAUGCACUCUUUCUAAGUAUUGAGGACUACAGCUAUUAUAGUGAAAAUAAAAUGUGGCAAAGGCUUGAGUUAGAUUGGAUUGGCUAUUAUACAUGUUUUGUUUCUGGAAAAAAGAAUAUGUUUUGAAUGGAUAUUUCUGGUUAAGAUGAAGAAAUCUUAUAAAAUUCAAAAAUAUUUGUAUAAUGUAAUUAUGUUUUUUAUAACAAUAUCUAUAUUUUAAUGAUAUUAUAGUGAAGUUUAUCUUGACAA